AAUGGAUUCCACAGGUGUUGUUUCGGGAUUAGGUGGAGAUAUGAAGAGGGUAAGAGGGAUAGCAAAGGUAUUGACGGCUUUUAGUCAGAAUGAAGCCUUAAGGUACUGCUUUGUGAAGAAUGAGGACAAAGAAGGUGCUUUCGGCUAUGACUUGUUGUUGAAGUUCAAGAUUAUCAAUAAUGAAGAAGAGGAAUUUGAUUACAAGUUGGUCAAAAGCAAAGAGAGACCUUCAGACUGGAAGGAGUUUAAAUCAGCACUCACGAAUGAAAUUGAGCAAAUCACAAGCUUCAAAAGAUACUUCAAAAAAGCUAAAAGUUAUGAGCUUCAAGAAGCAGAGAAUUUUGAUGAAAUCCUCACCAGGAUCAGCUCUCCAAUCCAAGGGACUUUCGAAGAGACUUUGUCAGACAAGCCUUGCCUUGUCUACUUGGAAAUAGACUAUGAAUCUUCAAAAUUCAUUGUGUAUUCUUCUAAAAAAGACGAAAUUGACCAAAUGAUAGAUGCUCUCUUCCAAUUAGAGGAUGAGAUCAUCAGCAAGAGUGAAACUGAGUCAGACGAAGAGCAUUACCUUCAAAGGAAAGACCUUGACACUGACAUCUUCAGACUCAUCCCGAUUAAGAUGAAACAUCCCCUCAACUCAAUCCAAGGAUAUGGACUUUUAAGAGGAUACUUGGUGUCCCUCGACCAGGAAGAGAGAACUAAACACUUUGUCAAAGUUUGUGGGAAGAACUUAUCUAUGAUUUACAAAGUAAGAAGAGACACACUUGAUGAAGACCAUAAAAGUAGCAAGGAGCUUAUCACAGAAUUAAAAGGGAUCAGAAGCAAAAUAUUGGAAGCACUCAAAGUCACCCAGCAAGAAUUCGUCUUUGAGAGAAAUGAAUACAAGUUCAGAAGAAUCACUGAAAAAUACAAGAAAUUGCACUCGAACAAAGGCAACUCUCUCAGCUAUGUUUGGACUCGAGAGCCUGUCAAGAGCAUUCUGAUCUUUAACCAUGACAGAUGCAGAGCCUCUGUAUUCUCACUAUCCCAAGAUCAAGUCAGCACUAUUAUGAAAGAGCUUGAGGAGUGCAAGCAGGCCAUCGACUAUCAAGAAUUUGAACUCGACGAGCUUGAAAAUGUUGACAUUCCAAAGUGAUAUCAGCAGCCCAUCUAUGAUAUUUUCGCAGAACUUUUGGAGCAAAACCAAUGCAAAAUUGAGUAUCAUGAAGGAUGUGACCAAAAUUGCAAUAUUAAGAAAGUCCUGAUCAAUACAAGUCUGGAAGACUCUGAAAUAUUGAGAUCAAAGCUUCGUCAAAUUCUCUGUGGCAUAAAAACAGAGACAUUUCACCUCUCAAGCCAAGACUUGGCCGAUGCAAUUUGCCAUAUCAAAAAGAGAGAAAAAUAUUUCUUCGAAGAACUGGCUCUUCCUGAUCAAGUUAUAUGGGCAUUCAAACCAAAUAUCAAGCUACUUCAACUAACAGCAAACAAAGAUCUGAUUCUCAAAAUAAAGGAAGAUCUCAAUUAUUACUUUACUUCUCUCAAGGUUGAAGAACUCACAUUUAUGAACUCUCAUGUAGCAGAACAGGAUUUUGAGGAAUAUUUUCAGGAGAAUGAGUUCAAAGGCAUUCAUGUUAAAAUUAUUGAUGGCAAGAGACUUAAGCUUUUAAGUUUUAAGAAAAAUAAGAUUACUGAAGCUAUUUUUGUUAUCAGAAAUCACUUUGACCAGUACAUUGUUUCAAAUAAAGAGUUCAAUCUGACUGAAAUGACUCUCCUUGAGAAAGAUUUUGUUUCUGACAAGUUGAAAAACAAAUGCUGUAACUCUGAGUUCCAUAAAGAGUUUAACUUGAGUUUCAUUCAUUUUGAAUGCUUUGAGGAUCAUAGCACGGGCAAUCCAAACUUUAGACACAGCAUCAGAGUCUAUUAUAAAUCAAGCAAUAAAUACUCAGAGAAGCUCCAAAAAUUUAUCCAAGACCUUAGCAACCAUCUUAAAAGCACUUUGGUCAAAGAUGAGAUUGAUGAUGACAAAACUCUGGAGUACCUUGAAGAUAAUGAUCUGUACGAUUAUUCAGACUGGUCGCGUACUGAAUAUAGUAAAGAAGAUGAGCCAAUGCAAGAAGUACCGAGUUACUAUGUAACUUGGAAUUGCAUAUUAUAUUCAAUCGAGGAAGAAGGACAGUUUAAAGUGUUUGUUCAAGGUGAUCAAGAAAGCAAAGACAUUUUCUUAGAAUAUCUCAGAUAUCAAGCAAGAAACCUUGAAACAGAAGAUAUCAAAAAGAGAAUAGAAGAUAAACUCAUUGAAUUCCUCUGUGAUCUUCCAGAAGAAAGCCAAACAAACAUUAUUUCCGAAAUCGAAGACAGAUGCAAUGUAAAAUUUGUCUGUGAUGAAGAAAGUUACUACUUCCAAGGCCAAGAUAUCGUGGGUGCCAUGACUCAACUUAGAGAGAAGGUCAUUCCAAAAUAUGAAGGCUCUAAGAUAGAAUACCCGGAUGAUUACGAAUGGGACGACAUUGAGACUUUAGAAGAGAAUAAAGACGUAAUGACAAUACAACUACAAAAGGAUCCUGAAGGUACUGACGAAUCAGAAGAGUCAGAGCAUUCACGAGAGUUCAAAUUUGUUGAAAAUUUGUUCCUUGAAACCUUGGAUCAAGAGUUCAAUUAUUGGAGCAUUGAAAAUUGUAAAAUACUGUCAAUAUCUCGGAUCCAGAGUUAUAAUCUUUAUUCAAGAUACUACUUUGCAAAGAAGAGAGUCCUUGACAAGUACAAGGAUUAUACUCAAGAGAGGCUUGGUCAGUUGGAUUAUAUGGAAGAGGAUAUAUUGUUCCAUGGGACUGCCAAUACUCCUCCUAGUAUCAUAUACAAAUCCAAGGAAGGAAUAGACAGGAGGUUUACUACUGCUCAUGUUCAUGGGUAUGGCUCAUAUUUUGCAACAAAAUCUGGCUAUUCUUGCCAUGAUAGAUUUGUAUACCAAGAAAAUGGCAUUUAUAAAGUCCUUGUAUGUAGGGUGUGUAUUGGAAAUUACACAACCAGAGAUAAAUUAGAUAAGAGAACAGAAAGUAUCCUUGAAGUCAAUCCUGAAACUGGCCUCAGAUAUGACAGUGUCACUGAUCAGCUUAAAAAUGUAGAGGACAGGCAGAUGUUUGUUGUGUUCAAGAACGAACAAUCUUAUCCCCAAUGGGAGAUCUUAUUCAAGAAAAAAGGCUAAAGUUAUAUAAAU